AUGACCCUUUUAAGAAAAUGAAUGGUGGGAGAGAAGGGAUAGGAUGGUAAAUUGGUUAAAGCCGUUAUCUUUCUCGAACACCCUUCAAUUCAAUCUACUCCUUCCUUGUCUGUCUAUGAACUGUACCGGGAAAUUGUCGUUGCAGAAGCUGCAAGUAGUUCGUUAAUAAAUGGUGUUGGGUCUUCCAAUUCCCUCCUUCUUCACCCCUUCUUUUUCAUCGCAAUGGAUACACAAGCAAACUAAAUCAUCUAGAAUUCUACAAUCUACCCAUGUAUCGUCUUCUUCAUCUGAUGGAAGGGAUUUGUUAGAAGAUGAUAAAUCGGUUAAAAUCGAUAGAAGAAAAUGGUUGGUGACAUCUAUGGGGUUAUUAGCAGUGACAUUGGGGAAUAAUAAUAUUGGAGAUGGAGUUGCUAUGGCAUCUGAUUUUGCUGAAAUGCCAGCCUUAAAGGGAAAGGAUUAUGGUAAAUCAAAGAUGAAAUAUCCUGAUUAUGCUGAGACAAGCUCAGGACUCCAAUAUAAGGACUUGCGAGCGGGAAAUGGUAUAAUGCCAAAGAAGGGAGACACUGUAGUGGUUGAUUGGGAUGGCUACACAAUUGGAUAUUAUGGGCGAAUAUUUGAAGCUAGAAACAAGACCAAGGGUGGUUCUUUUGAGGGAGAUGACAAGUCCUUUUACAGAUUCCGAUUAGGUUCCCAUGAGGUAAUACCAGCUUUUGAGGAAGCUGUUGCAGGCAUGUCUUUGGGUGGCAUUAGAAGGAUCAUCGUGCCCCCGGAUCUUGGAUACCCAGAUAAUGAUUACAACAAGAGCGGUCCAAAACCUACAACAUUUUCGGGUCAAAGGGCACUGAGUUUUGUUCUGAAGAACCAAGGACUCAUCGACAAAACACUUUUGUUUGACAUCGAGCUUUUAAACAUUAUACCUAACAACUGAAGAACCUUGGUUUCUUUCAUACAAUUGAUGUAUUAUUAUUACAUUAUAAGGAUCACAACUUUUACCUCUGUUUUUGUUUACAUAUUCAGUUAUUCAUA